AUGAAGAUCAAGAUGAAAGGUGCAGGUCGGCCACCAGGCUUUGCCUGCGUCGUCACCUUGGUCCUCUGCCUCUUCCCUGGUCUCCUCUACGCUGGUCCUCUUCGAUCUGAUCACAAUGAUCACACUGGCACUUUGCCUGUCGCUGGUCCGGCUUCUGGUCACCACACUCACACUGGCACUCCCGGAGCACCUGGCAAUUCUCACCACUCUGAUGAGCAUCGAUCUGGUCAUCACACUCACACUGGCACUCCAAAUCUCCCUGGCGGUCCUCACCGAUCUGAUCACCUUGGUCAUCCUUCAGUUGUCUACGACCCUGCGCCUCUGACUGUCCGUGAUCUACCCAGUCACCCUUCAUCUCAUCCUCAUGGCCACACCGGCACUUCAGAUCUUUCUGGUGGUCCUCACCACUCUGUGCAUCACGGUCACAUUGGUACUUCAGAUCUAGCAGGCGGUCCACACCGAUCUGGUCAUCACAGUCACACUUCAAUUAUCCACGACCACGCGUCUCUGACCCGCCGUGCCAUGCCCAGUCACCAUCCAUCCGGCUUUCACGGCCACACCGACACUGCUCCGCAGGGUCAUGGUCCGCCGUUUGGACGUCCGCAUUCUGCAGCUGCUCAUCACGAAUGGCAUGAUUGGAAUCCCUCGGGUUCGCACGGCGCUCCUCCAAGCCACACUAUGGUCAUACCUGGUGCUACUGGCUUCCAUCAGUCAGGUCACAAUGGUCAUACCUUGACCCGUUCUAACAUACCUCAUGCCACUGGUAGUCAUACUGGCACCAGUCAAUAUGGUCACCCUUCAGUCAUGUCCGGGCGACCUUCAGCUACAGCUCCCCUGUCAUUUGGCACCACAGCAGUCACCCCUGCCUUCCCCCAUGCCACUGCGACUGCAAGUGACUCCGUUGAAUCCUUGCUCCAGUCUCGUGAUGCCCUGGCGAAGCAUGAUUACUCCUUAGUCUGCGAGAGCAGUAGGGAAGCGACGAACGGCUGCCAGCACUCAGAUUAUGGCUAUUACUGCACUUCAGAAGGAAAGCUCCGGCACAAAGGAGAAGAAGCCAGCUUCUGUGAGCGAGAGUGCAUAUGUGUCAACCUUGCCCCUCGCCCUUGUAUACAUGGGGUCAUAUUGACUACAUGUGUUGUCUCAGGCGACGGCACUGUCAUGAAUUCUCAACUCGAGGCGAUUGGCAGUCUCGGUGAUGCAGUCAUCCACACCAAUGGCACUUUGACUCUUCCCAGAUCUUUGCCAUCGAGCGAGACCGACCUGGUUCCAACGUCAGUGACCAUGUCACGCCGAGACUCAGAUGCCGCCGACCACGACUACGCGUUAGUCUGCGCUGACAGAGACGGUACUACCAGAUGCGAGAAGCGAACCUAUUUCUGCAGCUCGGCCGGCAAAGUAUCCUACAAAUUAUCCGACUAUUUCUGCGACAUGGUCUGUGAAUGCAAGAGCCUUAAGCCAGCGAAGGGCUGUGUCAUUAUCAACGCGGGCAAGGGUCCCAAACUCGUUUGUGCUUCCAAGAGAGACACUCAUGUGCUGACCGUCGACGAUGGAACGCCAUCGGAGGGCAAUCAAGCUCUUUCACAGCGUGACGCAGACCUUGACGACAUGUAUCAUGAUUACGCUUUGGUCUGUAUUGACAAAGCAAGAACGUCGAACUGCCUGGCCGUUCCAUAUUCCUGUAACGCCAACGGAAAGGUCAUCUACCAGAGAUACGAUGCUUUCUGCAGUGCAAACUGCAAGUGUGUGAGCCUGAAGCAAAAGUUCUGCGAGUUCACCAACUACGUUGCAGUUGCAUGUUUCGUCAGCAAAGACGCUGUCGAACAUGAGAACGGCACGUUCAUCGGCUACCUGAAAGACGCUGUCACCCUCUCGGAUGGCACGUUGGACUUCUCGCAUACGCGUGCUCGGCGAGAUCUGCAGCUCCCAGCGGCGCCAGAGAAUGAUGCAGCUCAAUCACCAGGUCGCACCCUCUUGUUUUGCCAGAACGGCGAUCACACUCGGACAUGCAACCGUUCGCCAUUCACAUACUGCUGCCACGCAGGCAAUCUCACUGCCCAAUCCCAUGAUUCAAUUUGCGACGACAUCUGCAAAUGUAUCGAUCUUCGGGUAUCUCCUCAGCCUCGCUACUGCACCGUCGGACCAGAUCCAGCCAACCAUGGAGAGUGCUACGUUGACGGCAAUUCAGUCUACAAGAUCGAAGGAGAGAUGCUGACCGAUUUCAUUGGCAACUUCACAGAUGCAGAAGUCGAUCACAAUGCGAACCUCUGGUUUCCAGCGCCAGGCUCAUCCGGAGGUCCUCCACCAGACAUGUUUUCACCAGAACCCUCUGGUCCCCCUGCAAUCAUCAAGAGAGAUGAAGAUGAUGCUAGUGAGGCACAAGCCAAGUGGGUGUUGAUUUGCAUCAACAAGCAACAUACCAGCACUUGUCGAAAAUCGCCUUUUACUUACUCCUGUGACGGCUCUCACGUCACUUUCCGUGGCUGGGACUUUGUCUGCCAACAGAUUUGCAACUGCGUUGACCAAGACCCUUCUCAGAUUUGCGUUCCCACAAACAGUCACACUGGUCAAUGCCCUCCGGGCGCAGUGCCACUCUCACCCGAACAGCGAGAUCCUCCAAAAAACAAUCCUCCCGAGGAGAAGGAUCUGAAGGGAACUGAGACAGGAGACCCCGUCAAGCGCUCCGAGUCACUUUACCACAUGGCUUGCUAUUCUGGAAAUCGAUUCAACGCGUCCUUGACCGUCCAUUGCGUAGCGAAGUCCUACACUUGCAAUCCUCCGUCCCCAGACUUUGGUCGUCUCGUGCCGGCAUUGCACUGGAGCGGUCCUGGCGAAGCCCAGUGCUCGCAAGGAUGUCGCUGCCGAGCCCCAUGGGCGAGCGACGAUCUUUCGACGCGUUCACCAGGCAGUGACGACUUCGACUUGGUGUGCAAAGGCCGAUCUGCCCGCGAUGCAAUCGUUCCUGGCUUUGAAGAACUCACUUCGCGCUGCCGCAACCGUUGGGGCUACACUUGUGAUGCGGACGGGCACAUGCAGCACAAUGGCACAUCUGUUCAUCGAUGUGACACCUCCUGCGGCUGCUACAACAACAGUCACAACCGCGCCGUCAAAGAACGCUCAGAAUCCCUCGACUGGGCUGUGCCAGACUUCGUCUGA